CAGGAACUUACCUGUUGGCUCUUUUUAGGCUAAGAAAAGGUUCCGUCCACAAACUUGAAAGGGGGACCUCGCCGAAGAACAAAAGCACGUUACCAAACCACCCCCGACUGUCCUCGCGAAGAAGAGGGUAUUUGCUUGCCCCCGACUCCCUAACCACAGAGCAGAGACCAUCGCGCGCUUCUCUUUACGCCUACCAGCCUCCUUAGAAAGUACAGAAACCUUGCCCGUCAUCCCUCCCUUCAAGCCUUCCUCUCUCCACCCCAUCUAAAUUCCACAGUUCUCUCAUUUUCCAAUUCUUCUUUUCAUUUGGUUUCUUCUACUACACAGGAGAUUAUCAAAGAUAGAGACCCAUAACUUCGUUAACAUUCCAGCAGCACAGAAGAACUUCCAAUUUCUAGGAAACAUUUGCUUUCCAGUUAUCAAACACGCCCCCCCAGAGAAAGGAGCUCCAAGCUAUGGCCAUGGCGGCUUGUACCAGACGUAAAGCCUUAAUUCUAGGGCAAAUUCUCAGAGACUGUAAAUCCAAUAGCGGGCAUUUCACCUCUGUAUACACAUACAGGAGCUUCUCUUCUGGUUCAGAAGACAACGAUGUUGUGGUGAUAGGGGGAGGGCCUGGCGGCUAUGUGGCCGCCAUUAAAGCUGCUCAAUUAGGGCUCAAAACCACUUGUAUUGAGAAGAGAGGGGCUCUUGGUGGGACAUGUCUAAAUGUAGGAUGCAUUCCAUCGAAGGCCCUCCUCCACUCCUCCCACAUGUACCAUGAGGCCAAGCACUCAUUCCAAAGUCAUGGCGUCAAGUUCUCAAACCUCGAGGUUGACCUUCCCGCCAUGCUUGGCCAGAAGGACAGGGCUGUCUCCAACCUUACACGUGGAAUUGAGGGACUCUUUAAGAAGAACAAGGUCAAUUAUGUCAAGGGCACUGGCAAGCUCCUCUCCCCUUCCCAAGUCUCAGUUGACACACUCGAAGGUGGUAAUACCCUAGUCAAUGGAAAACACAUUAUAAUCGCCACUGGAUCUGAUGUAAAGUCACUUCCUGGCAUCCCAAUUGAUGAGAAAAAGAUUGUCUCCUCAACUGGGGCACUUUGCCUAUCUGAGGUACCCAAGAAGCUCAUAGUUAUAGGGGCUGGAUACAUAGGCCUUGAGAUGGGUUCUGUGUGGGGUCGACUAGGGGCUGAGGUCACUGUGGUUGAGUUUGCACCUGAUAUUGUACCUACUAUGGAUGGAGAGGUUCGAAAGCAAUUCCAACGCACUCUUGAGAAACAAAAAAUGAAAUUUAUGCUCAAAACCAAGGUGACGGGGGUCGAUGCUUCAGACUCCGGGGUGCGACUGACAGUGGAGCCCGCCGCUGGUGGGGAGCAAACCAUGCUAGAGGCAGAUGUGGUGCUUGUGUCGGCAGGGCGGGUCCCCUACACCACAGGACUGGGGCUUGAGGACCUUGGGGUCAAAAUGGAUAAAAUUGGGAGAAUUGAGGUCAAUGAGAAGUUUGAGACCAAUGUUAAGGGAGUGUAUGCCAUAGGAGAUGUAGUGCCUGGUCCCAUGUUGGCGCACAAGGCUGAAGAAGAUGGGGUAGCUUGUGUUGAGUUCAUAGCAGGGAAAGAGGGGCAUGUGGACUACGAUACAGUGCCUGGUGUGGUCUAUACUCAUCCUGAAGUGGCUUCGGUGGGAAAGACAGAGGAGCAAGUUAAGGCUUUAGGUGUGGAUUAUAGGGUAGGGAAGUUCCCUUAUAUGGCAAAUAGUCGUGCUAAAGCCAUUGAUGAUGCAGAUGGUUUGGUCAAGAUUUUGGCAGAGAAGGAGACUGAUAAGAUACUUGGGGUUCAUAUAAUGGGGGCUAAUGCUGGGGAGCUUAUACACGAGGCAGUUAUUGCACUGCAGUAUGGAGCAUCGAGUGAGGACAUUGCACGCACUUGCCAUGCUCACCCAACACUAAGUGAGGCUGUGAAGGAGGCAGCCAUGGCUACAUAUGAUAAGCCAAUUCAUAUGUAGAGAGCCCUUUUGGUUUGUGUUGGUGGAGAUACUAAAUGUAAUGAGAUGUUGGGUGUGAACUUGAUGCUUUUUCACAUGAGGCCCAUUUUAUUUUGCUCAAUUAUGGGAUUGGUUUUUUUCAUUGCUUCUUGUUCUUGGAAUAAUGUUUUAUCAGGUUUUGCGUCACUGUAUCCUGAUACUUUUGAUUGGAUUGAUUACUUUCUAUACUUCUGUUU